AUGGUCGUACCCGAAAUACCCGCAAAAGAACAUAUUAUGCUCCCGGGGGGGGUCUCCGGGGUGCCCUUCCCAGCCCCACCCCCCAGGGGUGAAUUUUCAGUUUUGCGAGUGCCGUGCGUUGCCCGCCCAUGUGCUCUACUGGGCCUCUUUGCGGUGGUAUUGGGGCACGUUUUCGCACACAAGCUAACCCUUGUAGGUGUUGGGUUGUUCCGGUGUUUUGGGUUGUGCCGGCCUGGUGGCGUCGCCGCCGCCGUCUGUCACAACUUUGGCCGGCUGGUGGCGCCGGGGUGGGGUGGCAGUUUUCUGGUCGAAGCAGGCGGCCUCUACAAUAGUUGCGCCUCUGCUAUUUUGGUGUUCUACUAG